AUGGGUAGACAACCGUGCUGCGAUAAAGUAGGAGUGAAGAAAGGGCCGUGGACGGCGGAGGAAGACAAGAAACUGAUCAAGUUUAUGUUGAGCAAGGGGCCAUGUUGUUGGCGAACCCUCCCUAAGUUGGCAGGUCUCCGCCGCUGUGGCAAGAGUUGCCGACUUCGCUGGACCAACUACCUCCGCCCAGACUUGAAACGCGGCCUACUCACUCAACCGGAGGAACAACUUGUGAUUGACCUCCAUGCCCGUCUCGGUAAUCGGUGGUCAAAGAUCGCAUCACAUUUACCAGGCCGAACUGAUAACGAGAUAAAAAAUCACUGGAAUACACACAUCAAGAAAAAACUUAUAAAAAUGGGACUCGAUCCGGUGACCCACGAGCCUCUUCAGAAUGAAACUAAUCAGUCAUCAUCUUCAACUAAAGAACAAUCUCCAUCUCCAUCUGAAAUUAGCAACAGUCCUACCGAAAGCACGAAUAAAUCUGGAAUCUCAAAGGAGACCUGCUCACAAAUAUCUGAAAACAGUAUGAAACCUUUGUUCGAAAGCCUUUGUGACGAUGAAAACUUCCUAAGUUAUCUGUUAGGCGACAAUGAACCCGAUUCUCUAGUCGAUCCACUGUCGAACUCCAAGAACGAUAACUGUAGGGAGAUGUUUGCAUCAUGGGAUGAAUGUGCAACAUGGCUAAUGGAUUGUCAAGAUUUUGGAGUUGAAGAUUUUGGGUUGGAUUUUCUUAACGAAAUUGAGAUGAUCAGUUUCUCAAAUGCAUCAGACAACCACAGAGAUCCAUGAAGAAUUAUAUAAUUACAUAAUAACUAAUUGUUUCAUAUAUGAAUCUUAUUACACACCCAUGAAAUUAAACUUAUU